CCGACCGCUGCAGCUCGCGAUCUGACGGGACAGAGAUGGUCAAUCAUAUAAGGGCGACGUCCUCGGCUCUACACAUCACGUCUCCCUCUCUCAUCCGCACACCAUGACUACCACACAGGCCCCCCUCGAGACCUUCCGGCUCGGCAGGUUCACAGUCCCCAGGCUCUUCAACGGCCUCUGGCAGCUGUCCAGCAACGCUUGGGGCAGCGCACCCACCACCAGGAUUCGUCGGCACAUGGCCCAGUACGCCGAACAGGGCUACGUCGCCUUCGACAUGGCCGAUCACUACGGAAGUGCCGAGCUGCUCUUCGGCCAGUACCGGAAUACGCUGCCGUCCCCCAACGACGUCCUCUGCGCAACAAAAUGGUGUGUCUUCCGCCGCGUCGACCCCACCCGCGCCGUCGUCGAGGCGGCCGUGCAGGAACGGCUCGACCGCACCCAGAGCUCCCGCGUCGAUCUUUUGCAGUUUCAUUGGCAGGACUACGCCGACAAGGGCUAUCUGACCGCGCUGCUGCACCUGCAGAGCCUCCAGGCGGAGGGAAAGAUAGGCGAGAUCGGCCUGUGCAACUUUGACGCGAUCCACACCGACGAAAUCUGCGCGUCUCUGGGCCCGGGCUCCAUCGUCUCGAACCAGAUACAGUUCUCCCUCAUUGACACCCGGCCGCUGCACGGCAUGGCCGACGUCUGCGAGAAGCACAACGUGAAGCUUCUGACGUACGGCACCCUGUGCGGCGGAUUCCUCUCCGACACCUGGCUCGGAGCUGCAGAGCCCGAUCUGUACUCGGGCAACCUGACACCGUCGCAGCGCAAGUACCUCGACAUGAUCGUGAAGGCGUGGGGCGACUGGCCGCUCUUCCAGGAGCUGCUCGCCGUGCUGCGCGCCAUCGGCGACCGCCACGCCGGCGCGAGCAUCGCCAACGUCGCGACGCGCUGGGUGCUCGACCACGCCUGCGUCGGCGCCGUCAUCAUCGGCGCACGGCUCGGGAUCACGGACCACGCGGAGGACAACCAGAAGGUGAUGGGCCUCGCACUCGGCGGCGCAGACAGGGCCGCCAUCGAGGCGGUGCUCGACCGCUCCAACGGCCGCCGCCUCAUCACGACCAUCGGCGACUGUGGAGCUGAGUACCGCUAGGGUGCGCCCGCUCGCCCGCCCGCUGUCGCUCCGGGGGGGGGGGGGCGGCACGGAAAGCGGAAAGCAAAAAGCGGCCUGGCUCUCUGUUCGUGUAUAUUGGCUUUCUACGUACUUUUGCAGGCAAAAACUGGCUCCCGGGCGGGUUCGUGCGCGGUCGCGCACGAGCCCAUAUGUAUACUAGAGCCGCAGAGGG